AUGGAGAUUGAGGUCUACUCUCCUCCCCUGGUGGAACAUUUUCUAGGCAUCACUAACAAGCUGCUCAUGUCAUCUGAGUCCCGGGUGGAGAAGAAACAAGAUGGUGUGCAGACAGAGGAAGUGGAGGUUCCCUGCCCGGAGGACCAGCCUGCAGAGCCGGCAAACCUGAGGCAAGAGGUAUGUUCGUCAGUUGAGCCCAGUGGAACGCAGGAAGUGACAUCAGAGGGUGGACUGGAGCAGGUCCAGAGUGAGGAGAAGAAGAGAAAGAAGUUUUCCCACAUGAGCGUCAACCGAGAGGGCCGAGCUCGAGGGUCAGACAAGGACAGAGAGCGGCAGCGAGAUGAGCCCCGGGGGCCUGGUCCUUUCUUCUUCUUAGGUGGAACCAAUGGGGCAGAAAUUGUGAGCAGUUACUUUGAGAGCAGAGGGUGGAAGAGGAUUUACAACAAGCUCAGGGAGGAUUUCAAACUCAAGUGGUGUGAAACCAAAUCAUCAGCCAGCUACUGCAACUUUAGAGAAGGUGAACAGUUGCUCUACCAGAUUCCUAACAACAAGGUGCUCACCACUAAGAUCGGCCUCCUCAGCAGUCUGCGGGAAUAUGAGCGAGUCAGCAGCAAAGUCAACCACGGGCAAGGACUGAGGAGGCUGAAGAUGGAGGAGUUCAUUCCCAUCACCUACCGCAUGGAUGUGAGGGAGGAGAGGGAAGCUUUCUUUGCCCAGCAGGAGGGUGAGAGGAACAACGAGAGCCGCAUGUGGAUCUGCAAACCGACGGGUCUGAACCAGGGCAGAGGGAUCUUUCUGCUGAAGAGCCCGGAGGACUCAGCCGCCCUCAGACUGAAGCUGCAGCACAUGGACGACAGUCAGGCCGACAGGAAGCUGCAUCAGAGCCAGGCUCAGGCUCAGGCUCGCAUUGUCCAACAUUACAUCAAGAGUCCUCUCCUCCUGAAGGGGAAGAAGUUUGACGUUCGCUCUUACCUCCUGAUCGCCUGCACGGCCCCCUACCUGGUCUUCUUUCGUCAUGGCUAUGUGCGACUGACCUGUGAACUCUACGACCCCAGCUCCAACAACCUCUCUGCCCACCUGACCAAUCAGUACAUGCAGAAGAAGAACCCGCUGUACAGCCAGCUGAAGGAGGACACCUUGUGGUCCAUGGAGAGCUUCAACGACUACAUCAACGACUACUUUGGGGUCUCCAGGGGUCUGCCCAGGGACUGGGUGCUGGGCAUCUUCACAAAGCACAUGCAGCGGAUCAUGACUCAGUGUUUCUUUGCAGUCAAAUCCAAGUUAGACUGCCGCCUGGGUUUCUUUGACUUGAUCGGCUGUGACUUCAUGGUCGACGAGGACUUCAAGGUGUGGCUGUUGGAAAUGAAUUGUAAUCCAGCUCUGCACACAAACUGUGAGGUGCUGAAGGAGGUGAUACCCAGCACAGUCGUGGAGAUGCUGGAUUUAACUCUGGAGAUCUUCAACAAGUGCCGUCUCAGGCAGAGAAUCCUUCCUUUGGCCAGUCAGAGAGAGUUUGUGCUUCUCUACAACGGAGUCUUUCCUCCUGAUUCAAGUCUGGCCUGCAACAAGAACGACACAAACAGUGAAUCCCUUCAGAAAACCACCAACAAGACACAAAAGGCUGAACCAAGAAGGUGCAAGUCAGGAUCCGAGGGUAAAAAUGUCUCAGAGAUUGUUGCAGGACGGAGCAGCUCAAAGUCCGGCCUUCAUCCUACCUCCUCCUCAUCAUCAGCCCAGAGAGCUUCACCUCCACACAGCAGCAACUACAGCUCACAGAGUGUCAGGAGUAAAAACCUGAAACCUCAGCUCCAGCUCAAGCUGAGCAAAUGUACUCUGCCUCAGCAUUUGAAGGCCACAGGUGUCGUGAAGAAGCAGGUCAUCAUGUCACCGCCAUCAUCAGAGCUGAGUGAGGCUCUAUCUGGACUUCCUGAGUGUGUAGACGAAUGUGAAAGAGGAGAGGAACCCAGGGAGGGUAAAAAGAGUUUAGUGUUAGAAUGAAAAGAGGAAGUGUCAAAUAUAAAUGCAAACAGCAGUGAUCCAAACAGCUGA